UCUACACGAAUCUUUACCACCCUCAGAUUUCACACCUAUCACGUCAUCACUUGCAACAGCAAAGACUCCCAUAGACCCCACAUACUUCCCUCCCACGGCAACUCCCCCCACCCCCUUUAUAUUCUUCUCCACUCAAAACCAACAAAAAAAAAACAUAUUCAUUUUACUCUAAAUAAAAACCUCCAAAAUGACGAGCCGCCAUUUCUGCACCAUCAUAUCACUUUUACUGUUAUUAAUCUUCAUCUUCUCAACAUCAGUAAAUGCACAGCAGCCGUCAGAUUCGACCGCAUCCGACGAUGAUUAUGCAAUUGAAGGAAGUAGAGUAAAUCCAUCAAUGGCGUUGAUUGUGAUUGUUUUAGUUCUUGCUUUUUUCAUCACUGGAUGCAUAUCCAUUUACAUCCAACUAUGCACUGAUAACAAUUCAAUCGGAGGUCAAUCAGCUGGGAUUAGAACCAACAAUCAAACGGCGGUGAAUCUCCGUGGACUCGACCAAUCGUUACUCGACACGUUUCCGACGUUUUUGUACUCCGAUGUUAAGGAGUUGAAAUUCGGUAAAGAGUCACUCGAGUGCGCUGUUUGUUUGAACGAGUUCGAAGGAGAUGAAACGCUGCGUUUGCUUCCGAAGUGUGAUCAUGUGUUUCACUCGGAAUGUAUCGACGCUUGGCUUUCUUCGCAUAGUACUUGCCCCGUUUGUCGAGCGAACCUCGUUGUUGCUGAUGACUCGGCCGAGUCGACUCACCUGGAGGAAGGCGAGACAGGUCCGAGUUACGAGGUGGAGGUUAUUGUAGUACCGGAGUUGCCGAAGGGGAGAGUGCUGAGGUGGAACUCGACGGGCCACGUUGACUCAGUGAGUCGACUCGGGGAGGGUCGGGAGAGGUUUACGUUGAGGUUGCCAGAUGAGGUUCGGAGGCAGCUGUUGUUGGUGGCUCGGCCGAAGCUGAAGAGGACAAUUAGUAUGGUGGCUUUACCUCGGGUGUCGAGCUCGCGUCGCGGGUAUCGGAAUGGAGGAGAUGGGAGUGGAAGUAGCCGUUAUGGGCGGUUUUUUGGGAGGUCGUUUAAGUGGACGACGAAAAAUAAUGGUGGUGAUGGAGAAGGAAGUAUUGGGUCGAAGAGGUUUUUAGGGACGGUUGUAAAGCCGUUGGAGGCUUUGCCUACGCUCCCUGUUUGACUUUGACUCCUUUGCUGUAAUUGUAUGUAGGAUUUUUUUUAUUUUUUUAUUUUUAUGUUUCUGAAAGUCAAAAGCUUGUUACCAUGUCAAAAACAAUUUAACCAAAAGUUUAAAUUAAUGAUGAAACUUUAAGAGCAAGUAGUUUUAGCUACUUGCUACCCGAGGGCCGAGACUCUUAGGUGAGUGCUAAAAUGUAAAUUCUAUUUAGAAUUUUAGGAAUGUUAACUUUGGACAAUUGUUGUAUUAUCUUUGUAGAGAAAGUUGUUUUUUUUUUUUU